AUGAACCACAUCUUCUACGACUGGAAAAAGGAGAGGCAGAGUGUUGAAUGUUUAAAAAAUGUCAAGCUCGAAGUCAGUCCUCAGGCGGUGGAACAAGGCCACGAAGCCACCCUGAGAUGUCACUACGAACUCGAAGAGGCGCCCCUUUACUCGCUCAAAUAUUAUCGAGGCUCCUACGAGUUCUAUAGGUAUUCGCCCAACGAGAGGCCUCAGACGAAAAUUUUCAAUUUCACUUGGAUCGAAGUUGACUCAAACAAAUCCGACGAAAGGCAGGUGACGAUUAAAAAUGUAGAUUUUCUACUAUCUGGGAAUUUCAGCUGAGUGACAACUGACGCUCCGACUUUUUCGACAGCGACCAGCACCAAAAUCCACACUGUUGUUUGUAAACUUUAUAAUUUCACUUCUAUGUUUCAAUCAUCUACAAAAAAACGAAAGUGCAAUUAUAAACCAGAAGGCAGAAUAUACAUUACCUCCAAUUGCAGCAUGCCUUUAUCGAAACCUCAAACUCAGCUCUUUUGUACACUAAACAACGACAUGGUAAGAAGAAAAAAAGAUGUAGUGGUACUUUACGAUUGA